UCACGUGUGUUUAAAAUCAGCUGCAAAAACGCAACCAGCAUCACGUGCUAUUGUUUACAGCCAAGCAACCUUUCGGCGGAAUCGCAUACAAAGAUUCAAAACGUUUACUGCGUCAUAUCAGACCAGACAAAGUAGCCAGUGGUGCGAGCAGAUUUUGUAUUAUCCUGUACCAUUGUUUCAAAGCGAACACUUUUUUAAGUUAAUUUUCCGAUAAUUUGACUUAAAAGUUGAGGAUUUACUGCAAUAAGAAAGAAUUUUGAAGAUUUCUUUGGUAAGGCCCUUCAGUGCAGCCAUGCCUUCUAUUGCCUGCCUUCAGACCUUGCAAAGGGAGUUGGCAGACAGCAUCAUCCGAUGUGCUCCUUUGGAUGACAUCAGAAUUCUUCUGGCUUGUGGAGCCAAAGUCAACGAACCAGUGUCCCAGGGUUUGCGUCCCAUCCAUUACGCAGCCUUCCAGCAAUAUUUCGAAGCACUCAAUCUUUUACUCGUCAGGGGAUGCGAUCCCAAUGCAAUGGACGAAAUCGGCUACACAGCUCUGCAUUUGUGCUCAGAGCGUGGAUACAUUGACCUUGUCAUCUUACUUCUGGAGCAUAAAGCUAGAGUCAGCUUUACGGAGUUUGAUGGCGAUGAGAAAACUCUGGGCAAUCCACCACGAUCCACUAUCGCUGAUGAGCCGCUACGAUUGGCAAUUGUGAACAAUCAUUAUGAGAUAGCCGAACUUCUCCUACAUCAUGGGGCUAAUCCCAACGCUAGAUAUUUCCUCGGAGCUGAAAUCAACCUGAUUAGCCCACUGAACACUAGGUUCUUGGAGUUGUUGCUGAAAUAUGGAGCGGAUCCUAACUCAAAGGAUCGAACAGGCAUUACUCCACUGAUGAAAGCGUGCAGACAUCCAAAAGGAUUACAAGCUGCUCAGAUGCUUAUAAAGUAUGGUGCCAAUGUCAAUGAAAUGACGCCAGAAAGGCACGAUCACCGAACUGUUCUGCACUACGCCGUUCUAAGUGGGAAUAUGGACAUCGUAAAGCUUUUACUUAAACAUGGGGCUACGGUGAAAUUUUCUACUGAUUAUUUGAAACCAAGUCCUCUCGACUUUUCAAUUUUAAAAGGCAAUCCAGAAAUGGUUAAACUGCUCAUAGAAUCAGGUUCAGACGUGAAUUUGGGGUCUCCCAUCAUUGGUUGUCCACUACACAUAGCACUAUCUGAGAAAGUCGAUAAUAAAAUAGACAUAAUCAAGAUGCUAUUGGAAUGUGGAGCAGAUCCAAAUGCCGUGUCUGUAUUCGAUGAUGGACCUUUAAUAAAACCACCCAUCGGAGAAUAUUUUAACUCAUGUGAUCACCCUACAGAAGAUGUAGUAAGGUUACUCCUCUGUUAUGGUGCAAAAGUUGUACUAAAAUCUCAAAUACAUCAUCCAUUAGGAAUUCUGAAAUCCGUCCAUAGACUACAUCCGGAAACACACCCGGAAGUUCUAGAGGUUAUUCUGGACGCUGCUGAAGCUUUCAGUACUUCCUCGAUAAAUAGGUCGCUUUUACUCACAGAUCAGCAGCGGCAGACUUUGCUGAGUCACUCCACCACACCUUUACCACUGAAGCAUAUUUUGAGGCUUUUCAUCCGAAACAUCUUUGGUGUUGGUCCAGUCGUUAUCAAGAGGAUACAGUAUUUACCUCUCCCAAAAUUCAUAAAAAUGUACCUUCUCUACGAGAUAUAGCAUAUGUGAUCCCCAUUUUUAUACUUGUUAUUCCCUUUUUAUACUUCAAAAGCUCUUCAUUGAGUGAUUGGGUACAAAGUUGAAAGAGAAGCAGAAGACGAUAGGCUUUGUGCAAGCUAAGAUCACUGUGGUGAAGAUAAAACGAAGUAGGAACGUGCUUGGCGAUUUACGCUUUAUCGUUCUUUUAUUCAUCAACUUUUGUUCAAGUGGAGCACAAUCAAAAAUUACAUACUUAUAGGGAAAAGGUUCCUAACAUGACUCACUUUUUUUGAAAUUAAGAAUUAAAGCCUAACAGUUACUAUAUCUAAUGUACAUAUAAAUGGUGUAAAUUACAAUAAAUAGGGUACUUUUGAGGUUGGCAAAUGUAAAAAAAAACAUCUGAGGGCGAAAAUGAGGUUAUGGUUUGCACCAAAACUAAUCUCAUCAACAAACCCCCUCAUUUUCAACCUCAUGUAGCUCAGCGAUACUUUUAUUUUAAAUCGAGUGAAAUUAUUCACAUCCGAUACAUACAUAUUCGUUUGAAGUGUAGAAAAAAUAACUUGUAUAAAAAUAACCUCUCUAAGCUGGCUGCUCUAAGGUAGAUUUCUAUCAACCUAGUAACAACCUCAAGUAUGAAUAAAACAACUCUAUACACCCUGAUUGGUAUGAAGAUAUUUUAUUCACACUAACCUUUGGAGGUUGAUUUUUUUAGGUUGUUUUUGAACUCAACUUCAAUUAAAUCUCAAAUUAAUCUAAAUACUUCACAACAACCUCAAAAACACAGUAUUUUAUUGUAAACACAUUACUUGCUUCAAAAUAAUACUUAAAUGACGAACUUAAUGAAUGCUCAACAAAAGCAAUUUUUUCAAGCACCACCUAUACUCGCAAUCGCCUUCACACGUAAUUUAGAUUAAUUUUGGUUGAAUGAUCAGACAUGUAGCGGAACCUGUACGUCCCUGUGCAUUAUUCGGCUACUAUAGGGAUGUCGCAUACUAGGAACCCUUCCCUAUGUGCAGUUUAUAAAAAUAUAACGUUUUAAGUAUGUUUUUAGAAUCCUUGCCGAAAAUGAAACAAAAAAUAAACGCAUUCAGUGUCGCAAAUAAAUAUUUAUGAGGAAAAAAAAUUUAUCGUAACCUAAUUAUGAACGUGGAAGACGAUCUUUGAAUCACAGUUGCUCGCCUGAGGAAAUUGAAAUGUCGUUAUUAGAAAUAGCUUCGAAUUCAAUACGGUACUCAAACUGGAUUUUAAUUUAUCUAAUUACAUCUUUCUAGGCAGUUAUUAUUCAGCUUACAAUAAUUUGCAAUGUUUCAAUCUUACUUUAGAUAAGGGUUCAUUAAAAUAUAUUUUAAAGGCGGUGAUCACAAAGCACCUUGUAUAUUAAUAUAAAAAAUUGCAUUAAUUGAUUUUUAAGCUGCUGCACUUCUAUUAGCAUACAUCCAAUGCGGAAAUAUGUAUAACUUAACUUACACUAAUUAAUAAGAAGGUUAGAAGCACUAGUAUACCCAAAAUUACAGAUAUAUAAGUUUAUCAACGGAAAAGUUUGAUGGUAGUGAUCUUAGCUUUUGUGGAGAGUUCAGCUGAUUCUUUGUGCAAUGAAGGGAAUGGUAUUAUUACGCGAAAUCAUUCCCUGAAUAAUCAAAGUGGCUUAUUAUAUAUGUGUUGACAUAUCUAGUCUUGUGUGUUUUGGAUGUGUUUUUUUUUUUAGUUUUAUAUUCAUAUUUCUUAUGAUAUUACGUAUAUUGAAACAUAUCAGUAACAUUUAAGGAAACAUUUUGUUUGCACCUUCUCUUUUGUAUUGAUUUUAUUUUCAAAUAAAAUAAAAUUUGCAUUACGGUAAUGCAGAAUUUCGUGGUCUUAUAAAUAAUCCAUUUUUAUUUGGUAAAAAGACAGCUGUAAAUUAGUUAGAUGAAAGAGUCGAAAAUCUUUACUUUAAAACUAUUCUUUGCCGGAUUUUUAAUUAAUUAUUCAUCAUUCAAUAUUGUUUUUAGAUUGGUCACACUUUUUUUUUAAAACUGAGAUUUCCAUUUGGAAGAAAAAGAAAGAAAGAAAAAGACAGCUGUAAAUUAGUAUGAUGAAAGAGUCGAAAAUCACCACUGGAGAACUAUUAUUGGCCGGAUUUUUGAUAAAUCAUUCAGUAAUGUUUUUUGAUUAGUCACACUUUUUUUAACUGAGAUUUCCAUUCAAAAAAAGAAGGUUACUUUAAUUAGUAAAAUAAUAGAACACAAAUAAAUAAAUUACCUGAAAAAGAUUAUACAAAAUAAAAUUUUUGUCAAAAAAUAAAUAAAUAAGAAUUUAAUUAUCCUAUAUUGUAGGAAAUUUUUUUUAUCCUAAUUUAUGAUUUUAUUUUUCAGCUCCAUUUAUGUUUUGCUUUAAUUGGCAAAUCAAUAAAUAAUAUCUAAUAAAAUAAAAGGGUUAUUUGGAAAUUAAAGCCUGAUUAUCGUGGGUAAUCGAAUAAUCCGCAAAUACUGUAACGCGCAUUUGUGCAGUCCCAGCAUGUCUUGUUUAUGAAACGACACAAUUUGCACUGCCCGCAACUCAUCAGUCCACAGACUGUGAAAUAUCGUCAGUGAUUUGGCAACAGAGAAUUAGCGACGUGGCUUUUUUGUGGCUGCAUGACAAUGCCAAACUCCAUUCUGCUAUUUAUACCCAAAACUUAAACUGAUCUUUUAGAUAAGAACAAAUCGACCAUCUACCAUACAAUUCAGACAUCGUUCCCAGUGUUUUUCACUUCUUCCGUUACGCCGCAGACGAGGUGAAAGAAGUAGUUCAAGAGUGUUUAUCUUCACUGGCGAUAGACUUCUAGAGCAAAAGUUUAUGCAAUGUUAUGACAGACGCUUAAACAAAUGCGGACACUACGUAGAAAAAUAGAGAAACAAAUAAAAGAAUUACAUAAAAAAACUUUUUUCUUUCGAAAAAAUAAUUCUGUAAUAGUUUAUGUUUUAUAAGAAAUCGGACGUUACUUUCCGAAUAACCCUUGCCAUUCUUUCGUUAAACAUGAUUUUAUAAUAAAUUGCUGAAAAAAAAUUUACAGUUUACUCCUUUUUUCCCCAUAUCAAUCUGAUAUGCAUUUUUUCCCUUAAAAAUAAAGAAAAAAAAAAUUUCUGUUUUAAAUUUCAGCAAUAAGAGAAUUAAGAAAUGUUCCUUAAAUAUGUGUUAAUGAUAAUGAAUAUGUUGUUUUUUAUGAUUUAUUUUAUAUUUGUAUUUUGAAUUGUAGAAAAAUAAAGAAAUGAAAUUUUGAAA